CGACAGUCCAGACUUUCCAGAGGUUGGCAGAAAUUCCUUCAAUUGUCUAAUCGUAAAGCAGAAUCAAACCGACCUUCAUUUUUCCAUCAUUUCGUCUGGCCGGCCGCCCACCCAAUCCUUUUAGCUGUCAGCUCAAAUCCUCCUCGACUCCCCGAAGCAUCACCAUAAAGAAUGGCAGAUACCGAGGACAUUCAGCCUCUCGUCUGUGAUAAUGGUACUGGAAUGGUUAAGGCUGGAUUUGCCGGAGAUGAUGCUCCAAGGGCUGUUUUCCCCAGUAUUGUUGGUCGUCCUAGACACACAGGUGUUAUGGUGGGGAUGGGACAGAAAGAUGCCUAUGUCGGGGAUGAGGCCCAGUCGAAAAGAGGUAUUCUCACAUUAAAAUACCCUAUUGAACACGGGAUUGUUAGCAACUGGGAUGACAUGGAAAAGAUCUGGCAUCAUACUUUCUACAAUGAGCUUCGUGUCUCUCCUGAGGAACAUCCUGUGCUCCUUACUGAAGCACCCCUGAAUCCUAAGGCCAACAGGGAAAAGAUGACUCAGAUCAUGUUUGAGACCUUCAAUGUCCCUGCUAUGUAUGUUGCCAUCCAAGCAGUUCUUUCCCUCUAUGCUAGUGGGCGUACUACAGGUAUUGUGCUGGACUCUGGUGAUGGAGUCAGUCACACAGUUCCCAUCUACGAGGGUUAUGCACUUCCACAUGCCAUCCUCCGGCUUGACCUUGCUGGACGAGAUUUAACAGAUUCCUUGAUGAAGAUCCUGACUGAGAGGGGGUAUACUUUUACUACAACUGCUGAACGGGAAAUUGUACGCGACAUCAAGGAGAAGCUUGCCUAUGUGGCACUUGAUUAUGAACAGGAACUUGAAACUGCUAAAAGCAGCUCAUCAAUUGAGAAGAGCUACGAACUACCUGAUGGUCAGGUGAUUACCAUUGGAGCAGAGCGUUUCCGUUGCCCUGAGGUCCUAUUUCAACCAUCAUUCGUUGGAAUGGAAUCGCCUGGAAUUCACGAGACCACCUAUAACUCUAUUAUGAAGUGCGAUGUUGACAUUAGAAAAGACUUGUAUGGCAACAUUGUCCUCAGCGGAGGGUCCACUAUGUUCCCAGGAAUUGCUGAUCGAAUGAGCAAGGAGAUCACAGCCCUCGCACCAAGCAGCGUGAAAAUUAAGGUGGUAGCACCUCCAGAGAGAAAGUAUAGUGUUUGGAUUGGAGGAUCCAUAUUAGCUUCACUGAGCACAUUCCAGCAGAUGUGGAUUUCUAAGUCUGAGUAUGACGAAUCAGGCCCGUCCAUCGUCCACAGGAAGUGCUUCUAGACAUACGAUCAUAUCGUCAUCUUCCCCCCCCCCCCCGCCCCCCCCCCCCCCCCCCCUCCUUGGAUUUGUGUGGUUUCGGAUUGUCAGAUAGCGUUUAUUGUGUGAGCUUGGGGUCCGUCAUCUCUUUUGUCAUCGCUUUUAGAUUGCGUCACAUAUGAUAUAGUAAGAACGGUAGUUCUUAAGUCGGAUCGGUAUAUGCAGUUGUGCUGUUUUGUACACAUUGUUUAUGUGGUUUUAAAGUUUGUUGAAAUAGAAUAUUAGAUACUAAUUAAAUAAUUAAUGAUGUUGUUUUGGAUUAUUAAUUUACA